AUGCGUUUUCAAGUCCACACCAAUUUAGUUCACACCCUCCGAAGAAAAUGUAUCGGUGAUUCGAUCUUUAUCUUUUGUUUUCUCGUAGCACACGACCUUCUACCCCGGGUACAAACAACUGGUGCAACCUUACUGGAAUCCUUGCACUACUUAGACAUUCAAGGUCCCCAGCACACUCGUGUACGACUAAACGAUUCUACAUCGCUUCGCUGCCGUGUCACAUUCGUAGUUGUCAAUCGCACACAACAGUCUGGACUGAACACGACAGCCGAGCACACACCCACAUGGUACGGAAUCGCGCCAGGCUCCGUACAACCUCGGAUCCCGUUGGUCAUACAGUGGGUAAAAGAUGGAUUCGGUUACGAUCAGGAUUCACUGUGGCACACAUUCAAUGGUCGGUAUCGUAUUGCCGAAUCAAAAGAUGAAGGUAAGCGGGGUUGGAUUCUCAACACAAUAAUCUUGUGA